AUGGCAGAAGCAUAAUUUUUCAAACUCACGCGAUUUGUGAUUUCUCUACCAAACAGGGAGUGGUAACGGCGGGGAGACCAAUCACCCUAAUAUGGCACAUUUCCAUUAAACAAAGACUCGAGGGGUCUAUUGGCGUACAAUAAGCAGCAUGACCGGUCGCUUGCUCUCGCUCAGCGCUGCCACAGCCAACAUCUCGGAGACUAGUACUACAACACAAUACCGCGCCCAUACGUUCUACUACAUUGCACCGGAGCUUCUUCAUCCUGAUUCCAGUCGCACUGUAUGCGGCCAUCGCGAUUUAUUCAUGGGUGACCCUGUAGCCGCACGCGUCCUUCAAGUCGUCGCAAGUGUUGCAACUAUUCCAACCAUCUCAUAUGUCUGCGCUUGGGCUGCGUCUAUUUUUGUACAGAAUCAGCGCGAUGCUUAUAGUCUGCGAUUGCGCCAAGUGGUAACACUAGCGGAUCGCGCGUGGAUGAAUCCUGUGAUGUAUUUCCGGUUGUUGUUCUACCCUUCUUCCUUUAAGCGCUAUGGUAGUAGCAUGCUCUAUCUGGCCAUCUUUAUACAUAUAUUUGGUGCCAUCACCCAUCCGAUUCAGUCUUUGUUCCUUUCCACCCGAUCAGUCUCUGUGCAAUCAGCAGACAGAUGGGGUAGAAUUGACCUCGACAAUAACUAUAUUGGAGUGCCAUCAAUACCACGAUUGAUGGUCACGUAUGAUUCCACGGAGCGGAGUUCCAUUUUCGCAGUGCGCCAUCUGGCGCAAUCAGAAGGGGUUAAUGGAUAUCAAGACAAUCUUUGGGGGAACACGAGCCAAUUGAGCGGUUACGGAUCAAAUAGCAGCUGGUAUGCGCCGCUCUCACACAACUUCAGCACUGGUCUACGCUCUGAUCAAUAUAUCCCAAGAAUAAACUCCUCAGCUGAGGUUCUGGAAAUAGCCGCAGAAGAAUUCCCGUCCAACUGCAGCGAUCCAUCCUCGUUCUAUGCUUCCUAUACGUACCCCAACAGCAUAAACAAUUUAACACUAGAAGUGUGCUUACCUCAGCUAUCUCCAUGGCAAAGCAUCAAAAGCCGUCAGGACUUCAGUGAGGUGCUUUAUGUCAACACCACCGCCCACUUUACCGAUCCAUCUGAUCCACAUCGUAUAAAGCCAUUCAAAGUCAUCAUGAACACAACUGCGGGGUUAUUUGAGCUGCCAAGUGUCCAAAACGGUCUGAUUGCUGGUCCCCUGGAUACAAACUCAUCUCGCUGUUCAAGUCUCACUGACUGUAAAGGGUUGAAAGUUCGCCGACAGUUCGCUGCCAAUUCAGCUCUUCCUGGACCCUUAGCUAUGAUAGCCCUUGCCCUCUUCGGACCGGGUUCGUUUGCUGAUACGCAACAAACUGCGCCUUCUAGCGAGAGUUUAUAUAGCAGCGAGUCUGAUUCGAAGCGUUAUCAUGACAUUUUUGCGGCCGAUGAUAUUUUACCACUUACCCCUCUUGGAUUCACAACCAACGUUCCCGGUGCGAUCCCCAUCGAUGGUUGGAUGUCGGGUUUUGGUUCGAAUAAGGAAGGUGCUUCAGAAGCUUUCACACGGGCUAGUUUCCUUGCCGUUAAGGCCAUGUUCGAUAACCCAGCACAGUUCGGGGGAGAUAUAUCGGUUGCCUACGCCAGCAGUGACCUACCGCAGAUAACCCUACCCUCGAUCCCCAUCGCGGCCAUGAUAGCUUGCUCAGUGCUGUUCGGACUAUACAUGGUCCCGUUGCUAUGUCUGGCACUGUAUGCUGCAUUUAGUAGGAGCUGGACUAAUACUCUCGAUGCCUUUACCAUGUUACGCAUGGGCGCCGCCUUUAGUCAGCAAGAUCUGCCGUUACUCAUCGGGAAGAGCAAACGGAAGAUCGAAGUUCUGGACACUUUUCCUGGUGUCGUAAGGGAUAUAUCAGGUCCAGAUGACAAAUUCAGACAAUUAGCCCUCGGUAUUGAAGGAGGUGGACCUCUGCAACCUUCAAAAAGAUACCUGGCUUAUCCCGGGAACGAUGAUUGGAGUGGGCUAAGGCUAUAG